CAAAAUUUAGUCAUUUAAAGAUUUAAAGAAGUCAUUUUAGACACCCCUUAUUAUAAAAUUAAUAUAUAAAACACAGCAUGCGGAAUAACGAGCACCUGGCCAUUAUUGGAUCCCAAGUCAUCCUGGUUCCCUACGAGAAGGAGCAUGUACUAAAGUACCACGAGUGGAUGGAAUCCCCGUUCCUGCAGGAGAUGACUGGGUCAGAGCCAUUGAGCAUUGACGAAGAGUACGCCAUGCAGGAGUCCUGGCGCAACGACACUGACAAGUGUACCUUCAUUAUCCUCGCUAAGGACUCUCAGAAUGUGGAUAUCUACAACAGCGCCAGGAUGAUCGGUGACGUGAACUUUUACCUGAACAACCACUAUAACCCGCAUGAGGCCGAGCUCGAAGUGAUGGUGGCCGAGCAGGACUACUGGGGCCGAGGCAUUGCCACUGAGGUGCUUUGCCUAAUGAUCCAAUACGCCAUCAAUGACGUGAAGGUUACUGAUCUGGUUGUGCGUAUCAAGGAGGAUAACUCCACUAGCAUUUAUAUCUUUGAACACUCCUUUGGAUUCAAGGAAACCGAGAGAUCAAAAGCCUUCAAGGAGGUUACGCUGCGCCGCCAGGUCGACGAUGAGCUGAGGUCGGAAGCCGAAAAGUGGGCGGCGAGUGCCGAGAGAGUCGAGUUUAGAAAAUAAGU